AUGCCUGCUUACGAAGUCGAACACGUCAGCAAAUUGACCGACGACCAGAAAGAUCAGUUGGCCGAGGCAAUCACCCAAAUCCACAGCCAGCAAUUCUCAACUCCCAGACUCUUUGUCAAUGUCCGCAUAACAGACAUUUCAAAUCAGCGAACCUAUGUGGCAGGGAAACAGCACAAAAGCAACCGCAUAUUUGCCUAUGUGAGACAUGGCCCAUCACGCACACAAUCCGACUACGAUGCCGUGAGCAAAGCGCUAGAGGACGUGUGGACGAGAAUCGUGCCUGACACAGAGCUUCGUCUUGUCAUGUUCUACGGAGCGAUAGUUGCUGGCAUGGAAGCUGGGCUGAAUAUACCUCCUGCUGGGCAGGACGCCGAGUGGAUCAAGGAGAACUGGGAAACUUUUGUCAAGAAGGCGGAGGGUGGUGAUGGAGACUUUGCUGAUCUGAUAAAGCAGUAUAGUUGA